AUGGGUCUCAAUUUUUUUAAGGAUGCAAUAGCUGUGUAUAGAACUUUUAGCACUAAAACUAGUAGAAUUAGCAAAACUACGAGACGUGCUCAAAGUGGUAGUAACAAGAACAAGAAGAAAAGCCGUGAAUCUAGAAUUAAAUGGACUGAGGAGCAGAAUGAUGUAUUGAAUCAUGUUCGCUGUGGCUUGUCCGUGUUUAUUACCGGCUCUGCAGGCACUGGAAAGUCAGUUUUGCUUAAGCGUAUUAUCGAUUUUUUGAAAAAGGUUAAUGGCUCAUCUGGGGUUUUUGUCACGGCCUCCACUGGAGUUGCUGCAUGUGCUCUUAAUGGGCGAACACUUCACUCUUUUGCUGGCAUUGGAAUUGGAAAUGAUGAUUAUGGAAAUUUACUAGAGAGGGUUUUAAUGAGUAGCCGUGCUUGCAAUAGAUGGAGAAAGGUGAAUGCAUUAAUUAUAGAUGAAAUUAGUGUGAUUUCUGCAAAUAUGUUUGAGAAUCUUGAAUCCAUUGCGAGAGAGAUGCGGGGAUCACAAGAGGUAUGGGGUGGAAUACAGCUUAUCGUUAGUGGAGAUUUCUUUCAGUUACCUCCAGUUUCUGAUAAAUGCAAUUCAUCCGGCAAAGAGUUUGCCUUUGAGGCUGAUUGUUGGGAUGCAAGCUUUGACGUGCAAGUUGAACUCACAGAGGUUUUUAGGCAAUCAGAUGCAGAACAAAUCAAGUUACUUCAGCGUACAAGGAAAGGGAUGAUUUAUGCUGAAGACUUGCAGAUUUUAGAACAAUGUUGCCCCAGUAAUGAGCCUGAUUCUUCAGUUGUAAGUUUCUAUCCGAGGAAUGAGGAUGUAAAUAAAGUGAAUGAGGAGAGACUGAGAAGCUUGGGUGAGAAAGUUGUGGUUUAUAAAGCUGCUGAUGGUGGCCUAGAUAAUCAGAGAGCAGAACUCAAACAGGGUAUUGCACCUGACCAACUUGAGCUUUGUAAUGGUGCAAGGGUGAUGCUGAUCAAGAAUUUGAAUGUUUGGCGUAACCUUUGUAAUGGUGCUACGGGUACAGUCACAGGAUUUGUUGAGCCAGAGGAUAAAUACGUUCUACACCUAUCCCCUGAUAAUCUGUUGCCUGUUGUCAAAUUUGAUUCAGGGCCGGAAAUGGUUGUUGAACCGCAAGUAUGGGAAAUUUUAGAGGGAGGAUUAACAGUGGCUUGGAGAUCUCAAAUUCCUCUUCACUUAGCUUGGGCUCAAAGUGUACACAAAAGCCAGGGCAUGACCCUUGACCGCCUUCACACUGAUCUAUCUAGGUCAUUUGGCUAUGGAAUGGUGUAUGUGAUACUAUCCCGUGUGAGGACCUUGAAAGGCCUUUAUUUAUCAGGUUUCAAUCCAUCAAUGAUUAAGGCACACCCAAAGGUUUUACAUUUCUAUGAAAGUUUAGCUGGUGAAGAACAGUACAAGGAAGACGAAAACAACAGCAAGAUUCUUGAUCAUUCAGAUAAAUCAAGCAUUGCAUUUGCAGGCAAAAAGUGCAAGUUCUCUCUUUCAGAAUUUUUGUUAUCACGCCAACAUGGGCAAUAG